AGUUCCGGAGGUGCUGGCGGCGGCGGCGGCGACGGCGGCGAUCCUCAGAGCCCAGGUAAAAGUGACUGAAACGGAACCAUUCUCUGACCUGAGGGCAUAACGGGGCUUCAAUGGAAACUGUUGUGAUUGUGGCCAUUGGAGUAUUGGCAACCAUCUUCCUGGCUUCUUUUGUGGCCCUGGUUGUUGUAUGUAGGCAGCGAUACUGCCGGCCCAAGGAUUUCUUGAGCCAUUAUGAUACCAGGCCUAUUGUUGAUCUAAUUGGCACCAUGGAGACACAGUCAGAACCGUCAGAACUAGAACUGGAUGAUGUGAUCAUAACAAACCCACAUAUUGAAGCAAUCCUGGAAAACGAAGACUGGAUUGAAGAUGCUUCGGGCCUGGUGUCUCACUGCAUUGCUAUCCUAAAGAUCUGUCACACCCUCACAGAGAAACUUGUUGCCAUGACAAUGGGUUCAGGGGCCCAAGUGAAGUCUCCAGCAAGCCUGAGUGACAUCAUCGUGGUGGCCAAGCGAAUUAGUCCCAGGGUGGAUGAUGUGGUCCGAUCCAUGUACCCACCUCUAGACGCCAAACUUCUGGAUGCCAGGACAACAGCUUUGCUGCUCUCUGUGAGCCAUCUGGUCUUGAUUACACGAAAUGCCUGCCACUCUCCUGGCCACAUGGACUGGAUCGACCAAUCGCUGUCUGCAGCAGAGGAGCACAUGGCUGUGCUGCGGGAGGCAGCCCUUGCCUCUGAACCGGAGCGCGCGGCACCCGGCAUGGAGGCCUUCCAACAGGAGCAGUCUGCAAUCUGAGAAGGCACCGUAAAGCCUGUGGCUCAUCUCCUUGAGUGCUGUUUAUCGUGCCUGAUCCUGCGUCUUGACCCAGCAUCACAUACAUAAACCCAACACUCAUGCAGCCUUCUGCAUAAUGUAGUUUGGCUGAAUGGUCAUCGCUGAGGUGACAGACUUGAAUCUUCGCUCCGUUGCUGCUCUCUUCUGCUCUCUUGUGUGUGGAAUAGUCACACCAAGAUGCUUAAAAUGCUGUUGGCGGAGGAGCACUGUUGCAGCUGUUUCUUUAUAGUAAUAAUAAUAGUUGUGGUAAUUGGUAUACAAAUUGGUAUACAAAGCCAGAAACAGGGCUGUAUUGAAGUCUGGUAGAUGUGACUUUAGAUUAGGGAUAUAUGAAUUGUUCAAUAUCUCAUUUCUCAUUUUUCCUAUUGUAUGUUCAUUCCAUUCUAUUUCUGUAUCAUUUUAUUGAUUUAUUUAAAGUCCACAUGAAAAAGUAUAUGCAUUUUCAUGCCUAUUGCUCCUAACAUGUUUUCGUGAGGAUUUCCCCUAAAAAUGGAUUUUUGUACAUUAUUUUCAUUAUGAUACACAAUUUUGUGUGCACUUUCCUGAUAUCUGCAUAUUUGUAUAAACUGUGCAUAGAACUUUUGUUAUUGGGUAGUUUAAAAGUA